GCACCGACUAGAGGUAGUGUGUUCUUGGGUGGGCGGAUCGUAGCGGUGACAGCGAAGCUCCGAGACUCCUGACAAAAGUGUCUAAAAGCAGCCAACUAACGCUAUGGCGGAGUUAGACCUGAGUCUGAGCGACGCGCUGACGGACAGCGUUCCCCAGUCCGGCCCGGAGAGCCUGGUGGAGAGAGACUUUGUAGCUCAGCUGGAGGCAGAAACGUUUGACGAUGAAAUAGGGGAGACGGUGGGGAAGACGGACUACAUCCCGCUGCUGGACAAUGACGACACCAGGGCAGACUCCACUCUGGAGAAUGGAGAUCAGGAAGCUCAUGGGGCACAAAAGCCUGCAUCAAUGGCAGCGUGCAUGGAUUCAUCAACAUCACAGACCAUCCCCACCCAGAUGAAGGACACCAGUAUUAUAGAUUUCUCCCAGCCUGCUGGGAUGGGGCCAGCCAUAGAGGUCGGAGCUGCGCCGGUUUCAGCUGUGAAACCUUCAGCUGUAGCAGAACCUCAGCAGGUGGCGCCACCUGCAGGGUCAGAAGCCCCCAAAGAGCACAGCCCCAUGCGGCCUGAACCCCAGGCACCUCGCAGCCCCCAGGAUCGGUCAGCAGGUGCCCUGUUGGAUUCAUGGCCCGAUCCGGCUGACAGCCUGCCCACAGACCUCCCUUUCACUCCUAGUGUCUCAACCGUGAUCAACCGCCAUGCCGGCCAUCUUGCAGCCAGCCCUGAUGAAGUUCCUGAAAGCUGGCCCGGCAGGGAAAGUUCUGCUUAUGCUGGAGGUGACGAAAGAGAGGGGGAAGGUUCCGACAGAAAACAGAGGAAGAAGAAAAAAAGACAACAUAAAGACGACGGCUUUUACGAACACCCCAACAGCAGAGGCAGGUCGGAGAUGCAGGGAGAAAACUUGCCGCCCACAGAGGAUUUCUACCACAGGAUUGGCCCUAGAAGAGACAGAGGAGAUGGUGGUUGGGAAGAACAGCUUGGAAAAAGUGGUGGCAAAGGGAAGAGGGGGAAAAACAGGAAAAAGAUUCCCGAUGAGUGGGGGGUUGUUCCUGAUGCAACCCCUAUAGGAGGCUCUGAAAUUACGGCCGAGGUAGUGGUCGAUCUUGGAAGCUCAACUCACUUUGAAGCUUCAUUUGAGAACCCCAGCCAAAGUUCAUGGAUGGAGGAAUUGAAUAAAAGUGAUGACCUCGUCCAACCACCUCUGGCUGAGGGGCUCUUCUCUCACACUGCUGAUAACGUCAGUCCGUUAGUGCUGAAGAGUGAGCUGAAAGCCACAGCACCUCCAUUCACAAUGCCAGUCACCCCCCAUACUGGAGCUGUUGGGUCAUCUACCAUGGUGACAGACUCUGCUGAUCCCUUUGACCUUCCGAUGGAUGCAGGAGAUUCCAGCUUUGGCAACAGCAGUCAGUCAUUUACUCCCUUCUCUGUGGGAAACGAAGGGGGUGACAUGGUGGAUAGUGGCAUGUUUGACAAUAGUUGUUCCUUCCAAGAGUCUUCAGAGCAACAAAUGCUUGACACCUCUCCGUUCAGUCCAGCAUCUCAGCCCAGCCCAGAGGUGUUGGCAUCUGCGCCCCCCAUCUCGCCCUCGGACGCGUCCUGGCUCCUGAACAACAGCCACACAGACAGCAACAGUGAGCUGUUUGACUACAGCGACAUCAGCAGUUCAGCUAUUUCCGUGCCCUUGAGUUUAGCCUUAGACACGCCAAGCCCUGCCCCACUUCGCUCGCCCAAAACCACAGCCCCUGACUCCCAAAGCAAAGAUGGCAAACAGAAAGUGGCCAAAAGUCCCACCUUCCCAGAUGAGAAAAAAUGCUCACUCACGGAAUCUCCUGGAGCUGGCCAGUCUCCGCCUCCUGUUCUGUCCCCUUUGGGGUCCGGACUAAACCCCGCGGCUAAGCCUUUCUUUCCCAGUUUUGCUGACCCAAUAGAAGAACCACCAGUUGUUGCCCCCGUCGUUGAAGAACAAAAAGACCAGAAGUCCACGCCAAGUAAGACAGAGGAGAAACUAGAUGAACAGAAGCCUAAUCUUUUUGGCAAACCAGAAGACAAAAGUGUGAAGGUAGAAUUUUCAGCUGACACGACCCCAGUCAAGAUGGAGAAAGAACAAAGCAGCACAGCUGAAAUGGACAAGAAAAAUGAGUCUAUUGAGAGAGAUAAAGGGGACGAAAAAGUAAAAGAGGAAGAUGUGAAGGAAAAACCCAUGGAAAAAGUGAAAGAGGGAAGUGUGAAGGAGAAGGAGAAAGUGAUGGAAAAGGCAGAAGUAAAAGUGACCGAGCAGGAGAAAGUGAAAGAAAACGAAAAGACAGAGAAAGUGAAGGAAGUGCGCAAGGUAGAGCAGCCAGCUCCUGUUGUAGCUGAGAGUAAAAAAGUGGAAACUGCAGAGAAGGAGGAAAAGGUAGAAGUUAAAAAAGAGAAACCGCUUGUUGAGAACCAAGUGGAGGACAAGUCAACGGAAAAGAAAUGUGUUGAGGAGCAGAAGCGCACCUGUGACACUGUGAAAAGCAUGGAGCAAAAGUCAACACCUGUCAAACUUGACACCAGUUUUGACCAGGGAGACCAGGAGAAAACAGCUGACGUGGCAGUGCCUGUUGCACAACACGUGGCAGGACCGAAGAAGGAGAAUGGAUCUGAGAAGGUGACGGGACAAGAGAAGGUGGAGAAAUCAUCUGAAAAGCCGGUGGAGACAGUUUCUGAAAAGCAGGUCGUGAAAUCUUCAGAAAAGCCGGUCGCGACGUCUUCCGAAAAGCUGGUGGAGAAAUCUUCCGAAAAGCUGGUUGAGAAGUCUUCAGAAAAGCCGGAGGAGAAAGUGUCAAAGAAGAUAGAGCCUGAAGAAAAAGGAAAGGUGGAGAAAAAGAGCACUGCGCCAAAAGAGGACAAGAAGGAAAAGGUGGCAAAGGCUGACACAAGUGCCAAGAAAGCAAAGCCUGCUACCAAUGGGAGCAGCACAGCUACGAGCAAGGACGUAGCAGACAAGAAGGCAAAGCCUGCAACCGGAGCGGCCAAGCUGAGCGCUGCUACCAAAACACGGCCAAGCGCCGCAACCGCUAACGGUAGCACAGCCGCAGCUCCAGCUAAACGCCCCACAUCAUCCACCACCACCACUACUUCCAUCUCAGAUAGAAAAUCAGCCACACUUAAGGCUCCAUCCACAACAACCGCUGCCACAAAGCGGCCGUCCACCACACCUACAAGCCGCCCCUCUUCUACUGCUGCUACACGGGAAGUAAAGCCCAAGCCCACCACUGAGAAACGUCCCCUCGUGCCAAAGGCCACCACUGUCACCUCAAGUCAGAACUCUGCUGCCAAAAAUGGAACCACAGCAGCCAGUAAAACCAGCACCUCAGCACGCACAACAGCUUCUGCUCGCCCCGCCUCCACUGCAACAAAAAAGCCGCUGGCCUCCAAAACAGAUGGCAAGCCAGGUGAGGAGAAGAAGACUGGCACUCUGAGGGCCUCAGCAGCUGAUGCCUCCAAGCCUAAGACCACCACCACUGCAGCCCGCAGCUCCACAUCCACAACCACUACCACUCGCACUCGACCUGUAGCAGCCAAGCCCUCCACACCUUCCUCGACGACAGGGCCGGAGAAGAAGCCGACGGUCCCUCGUACAUCUCGGACCUCUACCACAUCCAGCACCACGCUGACCACGUCCAAGACCACCACACGUCCAGGAACCGCUCCAGACAUUCGCAACGUCCGCUCGAAAAUAGGCUCCACGGACAACAUAAAGCACCAGCCAGGAGGAGGAAAGGUGUCAGCAGCCCUUCACAGCAGGGGCGUGGCCUCCAAAGAUACAACCCAGGGCAAAGUUCAGAUAGUCUCCAAAAAGCUGGACUUCAGCCACGUCUCUGCUCGCUUGGGCUCCAAGGACAAUAUGAAGCAUGUUCCAGGUGGAGGGAACGUUCAAAUCCUCAACAAGAAGGUGGACUUGAGUAAGGUGACGUCCAAGUGCGGUUCCAAGGACAACAUCAAGCACAAGCCUGGUGGCGGAGAUGUGAAGAUAGAGUCUCGCAAAGUCAACUUUAAGGACAAGGCUCAGUCCAAAGUGGGCUCAAUGGACAACGUCAGUCAUUCACCGGGAGGAGGAAACGUCAAGGCUGAGGGGAGUCAGGAGACAACACAGGGGGAGGGGACUCCCUCGAGUGGUACCCCCGCCCCUGGCUCCGAGCCGGGGCAAGUGGGGAACUCCCCUGCUCAGGAGAAUGGGCUGAAGGAGGGGAUUGCCUGUGAAAGUGAGGGGCUGAAAGAGUCCCAGGUUCUGGAUUCAUGCAUCCCAGAAACAAGCAUCUAAUUCUGCUGUCGCUCUGCCCCCUCCUCUUCUAACACCCCCCUCCCCACCCUCCCUCUUCGGUCUGUUACCACCUCUCUGCUUUAGAUUGAGUCUUUCAAGCUCAACUUCCGCGAGAAUGCUCGCUCUCGCACGGACCACGGCGCCGACAUCAUCACCUGGCCGCCCACCAAGGACGACAACGCACCCCAACCACUUGGCUCCUCCUCUCGUCUCCAGCAACACCAUGUGACUCAGCCCUCUGUUUGUGAACCCGCCUCCGCUCUCUCGGUCCAGUAGGAGGACAGCGGCCCCUCGAGGGGAUUCCUCGCUCUCCACUCUGCUUUAUAGUGACUCCUUCAUCAUCAUCAUCAUCAUCUCUUCUGCUCCCGCCCUCUUGUCUGUGGCCAAGUGACUCGAGAGACUUGUAAAAGUGAAGGGAGAUAUUUGAAUAUUUUGGGAUUCAACCUCUGCGAAGAGGGCGACGAAGACUUGUAGGUUACCGACAGCCCGACGAUGGACUUCACCGUCUCCCGUCCUGCAUCAACCACUUACUCACCCAACAACAAUCUGCACUCGUAGCCACUGUUCACCUUAAAAAAAAAGCAGCUCCUCACCGGUUCUCAUCUUCUAGUGAUAUAAGCAUCGUGCACCUCUUGGCUCCUCACUCGGAUCACUCAUCAUCAACUAUAACGUUAGACAACGCGUAGGCAGUGUGACGCAUUUAAAGGCAGUGUAACUCUAUUCUCUGUGUUUGUGACCGUGUGUGAUUGACAAACUCGAUGUUCUGAACUUCUUGCUUUUUUUUUUCUUUUUUUUUUUUCUCGAGUUAAGUUUUACCCAGGGCGAGCACAACGGAUAAGCUGGAGUUCAACAGCACACUAGAGAGGGAGAGACGUUCAAGUGCAGCGCGGAAAGUGACGAGCGUGUCUUAGCAUCGUGGCAAAAAGGGAUAUGAAGGUGUUUAAAGGGGAGGAGAGACAAGGCUUAACACGGUGACGCCGAUGAAACCAGGGCUGAAACGUUCUUCAGCAUAUCAUAUGGAAAACAUUUUCAUCUGCUUUUUUCGUUUCAGGAGGCUUUGUUUGCCUGUUUCUUAUUACGCAGUCUUCUGUCAUUAAACUAGGGCUGAGAAUUCAACAUCUUAAUUUCAAUUAAUUAUUUGCAGAAAAAUAAAUCGUUAAUUGACAACAAUAACUCAGAUUAAUCACGUAUAAAUUUCCUUUUGUUUUUCAGUGCACCACAUUACACAGUGUGAUGUCAUAACUAAAACAUACUCAGGAUAGAAGCACAAUCCAUGUUCUAUACUCUUCAUGCUUUUGUGCACAGAUUCAUUCAGUUAUCUAAUAUUUAGAUGAGAUUAAUCGCGAUUAAUAAACAACAGACCUUAAUCAUUUAACCUAAUUAAUUCGAUUUUUUAAUCGAGUACUGUUUAAAUAUAUAGAUUUAUGAGUAGAAUAAAUGAGAAAAAAACUGGAAAAUGAUCUCAAAUUAACGCUGACACUUUCACUUAGUACAAAAAAAAAAAAGUAAAACCUCUGCAAAAACAACACUGUAAUAACCUGAAUUCACAACAAUCUCGUCCUUCUUCUAUAGUUGGUGUAAUUUGUUCAUCAUUUUUACUUGUUUUAUUGAUAAAUUGAGUUCUUGAAGAUCUUAUAACUGAUGGAAAUGCUAACAUGUAAUUCAUUAUUUUAAACUCAACAGUAGUUUUGGAGCCUUCAGAUGAUGUUAGUUAGCGUUAAGAUAUUACCUGCUCACACAGCAAUCUUAUCUUUGGAUCUGAUUCCAGGUUUUUUCUUGAUUCAUUCUUCAGCUAUUUUCACCAAGUCCUUCACUGAACCAAACCUAUUCGGCACCGUAACACUUCAGUGACACAUCAGCAGUGAUUUUACUUGUGCAUAAAUUAUGUUUUUUAAAAUGGCGACCAACCAAAAUGAGCUGGGAAGCGCUUAAAUCUGACGUCGAAGCUGCGUUUCUCCAGCAGAGUGUGUCUGUGCCUGUCAAGGAUUGUGUCUCGCUAAAGCAGCACCUAACAAGAAGUCCUCGAUUUUGACGAUAUCUCCCCUUGUGCCUGGCCUGUCCUUCCAUUUUUAGCUCUGAGAUUCACCGUGCCGGAGACUUGAGCGCCAGAAGCGGAAACUAGCAGCCGUUUUCUUUGUCGCAAUAACUUGCAUCUUUUCAAAGUUGAGUAAACUUGCUUCCCGCAUGACGCCACUUGUGGUUUGCUCUGAAGACGCUGCAUGAAAUGCUGUCGCUCAGUCUGCUGCCGCACCGCCGAUAGACCCCCAUUGC